CACAUCUCUUACGGUACCGACAGCCCACCAUCACAGCGUUCCGACUUUAUUUGAAAACACUCGCGCUUGGCAUUGGACUCGAAUCCUCGGAAUGUAAACCACUGAAUCUGAAAACCACGACACUCGGACAUCCAUCAUCCUUCUCAAAGACUCACAACUUGCGAUCGACAUGGGUAGUUUCGACGUCGAGAUCGUAGAUGUCGAGCUACGUUUCCCGCCCGGUGUAACGCAUAUCAUUGGCCACGGGUCGUCCUGCUUCGUCGGCCUUAUCGAUCCCCAAACAGUCCUCAAGUACCCGUACUUUCCAGCAGACAGGCCGAGGAUUGAGGUCGAGCACAAGUUGUUGGAGCACGCGGGCAAGCACCGACGCAUCAUCGAGUCAGCAGGGCUGACAGACAGCGGACUGUUACUUCGGUACGCCGUCAACGGCACGUUGCACGACUACAUUCUUCGGCACAGCGACCUCUCCGUGGCACGGCGCCUCCGAUAUUGCGCCCAGAUUGCCGAGGGCAUCGUGCAUCUUCACGGUAGAUCGGUGUACCAUGGGGACCUUCGGCCAGGAAAUAUUCUGCUCGACGAGGCUCUUGACGUCAAAAUCGCAGACGUCCAAGGGGUUCUCGAAGCUCGCAGCACCGGCAAAGUCGUCUUGGACGGCUUGGCCAGAGAGAAUUAUAUGUACUUCAUGCCCCGAAAUGGGGACUACCUGGACACCAAGACCGAUCUGUUUGCUUUUGGGUCCACCAUGCACUUCAUCAUGGCCGGCCAGGAGGUCUUUGAAGAUCUUCUCGUGCCGCCGACGACGGACGACCAACCUCAACAGGACCAUCAAGAAGAACAGGACCGGCGAGAGAAAGAAGCGUAUCGCCGGUUCGUGGAAAACGAGUUCCCCCAAACUUCCCACCCUUGCACCACAAUCGUCCAACGGUGCUGGCGUGGCGAGUAUGAGUCCGCCGAUCAAGUCUUGGGCGAUCUGAGGACACUAAGUUAGAGUCUAGGGUGUUUAUCGUACCCCAAGGGCUGAGCAGCCUUCAGUUUGCAGGCAAAUGAUCUAGCCACCAUUCUCACUUGGUAAAAGGACUACAUUAGCACCAGCUGCUCUUGUCGGAGGCACUCCAAUCAGCAGCAUCUCAAUGCAAUACCCACUGUCGCUUACCAAGGCACUCUUUCCAAUCAUACCACUGCCUGUAGUAGCGAGGGUACACUGCUAACACUGGAUCGACGUUACUGACUCGAUGUGAGACGUUGUUUCCCUGGGCCAACAAGUCCUGAGGCCGUGGAGAAUAAGGCCGUGGUGCCAACUCAAUGCAAGGGAGGAUUUCACUAUGGUCAUCCGUACAAUGACCGUAGAUUUUCAAGCGGACUGAUAACACCGCAAGUCAGUUAGGGAAUCAUUACUAGUAUUGUAUCCAAUAGCCUGACGCUGGUUUACUCA